CGAUUGCGAAUGCGAGUUGCACUUGCAACGGAAAGUUCGGAAAUAUUUGCUAAUAGUUUUUGCUUUUUUUUAUGUUAUGAUAUAAUUUAUUUGUAAGUUUACAGUGCUGUGAUCCUUAGAAAGAAUGACGUGAAGAUUUGAUAAGAAACUAAGAAGUUACCUAAUUAUUGAGUAGAAGAGAAAAUACUCACAUUUUCCAUCUCAUUUGCUUAGUAGUCACUAGUCAGUGCACAUCUAAAAUGACGACUCCAAGCGGUUCUCAGCCAGCGGCAUCAGUGCAAGAGUUCAAAAUUCGAGUGCCCAAAAACGUAAAGAAGAAAUAUCAUGUUAUGAGAUUUAACGCCACACUCAAUGUGGACUUUGCAAAAUGGACUCAUGUGAAGAUGGAGAGAGAGAACAACAUCAAAGAGUUCAAAGGGCUGGAGGAAGACAUGCCAAAAUUUGGGGCUGGCUCAGAAUAUGGAAGAGAUAUGAGGGAAGAGGCAAGAAGGAAGAAGUUUGGUAUUAUAUCCAGGAAAUAUAAACCUGAGGACCAACCUUGGAUAUUAAAAGUUGGUGGUAAAACUGGUAAGAAGUUCAAGGGUAUAAGAGAGGGUGGUGUGUCGGAGAACACUGCCUACUAUGUGUUCACACACGCUGCUGACGGAGCAAUAGAUGCAUAUCCUUUGCAAGAAUGGUACAACUUUCAGCCUAUACAGAGAUACAAAGCACUUUCCGCUGAAGAAGCUGAGCUGGUAUUUGGAAGACGCAAGAAAGUGAUGAACUACUUCUCGCUGAUGUGUCGUAAGCGCAUGCGCGGGGACGACGCCGCCGACGACGCCGACGACCCCGACGACAAGAAAACCAAGAACUCCAAGGCCAAGAUGGACUUGAAAAUAUCUGAAAUGGACGAAUGGAUCGACUCGGACGACGAGUCGUCGGACUCCGACGGAGAGAAGGAGAAAGAAAAAGACGAGAGUGAUACCGAUCAGAAGAAAAAGAAGAAGAAAGGUGCUGUAGGCAAGAAGAAGAAGAAGGUGCAGAACGAGGCGUUCGAGGAGAGCGACGACGGCGACGAGGAGGGCCGCGAGCGCGACUACAUCUCCGACUCCUCCGAGAGUGAAUCAGAUCACGAGACGAAAGCGAACAAGGAGCUGAAGGGAGUCGCGGAAGAGGACGCGCUCAGAAAGCUGCUGACGUCAGACGAAGGCAGCUCGGAGGAGGAGGGGCAGAAGUCGGACGCGUCGGAGAAGGAGGACGAGCCCACCAAGGAGGGCGAGGAGCGCGCGAGCAAACUCACCAAGAAGAAGAAGAAGACGGAUGACAAUAAAAAAGAAUCAAGCACAGAGUUCAGUUCCGAUUCGGACACCGAUCCAGAGUCCAGCGCGCCCAAAAAGCCCAAGAAGGCCAAAAAUGGGGACACCAAAAACGCAGGAGCGAGCACAUCUGCAGCAGCAGCGAGCACGAGCGGCGCGAACAGCGCGGCGGCGGCGGCGGCGGUGGCGGCGGCCAACGCGGCUGCCAACGCGCCGCCCGCCAAGAAACCCAAAAUGGACACCUCGUACACCGAGUGCGGCGUAACGGAGGAGGCGGUGCGGCGGUACCUGGCCCGCAAGCCGAUGACGACCACCGAGCUGCUCACCAAGUUCAAGUCCAAGCGGUCCGGCGUCUCCAGCGAGCGGCUCGUCGAGACCAUGACCCAGAUCCUCAAGCGCAUCAACCCCGUCAAGCAGAACAUCAACGGCAAGAUGUACUUGAGCAUCAAGCAGACAUAGUUGAAAAUGUUAAUGGAGUUCCUCUCAUUCAUUCAGCACGAAGCAGAUUUGUAUUAAAAUUGUUAAUGGAGUUCCUUUAUUGAAUGGUACUGUGUUAGAAAUUUCAUAGACUUGGGCUUUGUCACACUAGCCAUUUGCGGACGGAGCGGUUGCCCGUUGGUUAUGUAUUAUGAUCUAGUUACCGCCGUGCAACCGAUUCACACAUGAACCGCUAGUGUGAUAAGGCUAGCUAAGUUACUUGGUCAAGUUAUUUCAAGCUCAGUUGAUAUUGACUUAAAAUACAACCAAAGGCUAACUUUGACUUGUAACCAAAUAAUGUAGGCCCGUAAUAUGCUUACAAAUCGACUUCUCUCAUGAUAUCAAUAAAAAUAAUUCGAAAACUGCGUACAAAGGAAGUAAAUGACUAUUGACUGCAUACUAACUUACUGUAGCCCAUGGGUAAGUUAGAAAGAAUUGCAUCGUAAAGAUGACAUAGCAGUUACCAGAAAAUUUAUACUUGAUCUACACUAUGAAAGACCGACUGAUUUAAUUUCCUCUUUUUCUCUUUUUGAUUUCGUAUAUAUUAAUGUAUUAAUUUGCGUACCUAAAAAUUGUUCUAAUGUAUUAGAACAAUUUUUAGGUACGCAAAUGUGUAAAUAGAUUCAUAUUUCUGUUGAAAGCAGUAUCGAAUUGUUAAUGUAAUUUACACUGGACAAUAUUUACAUGGUUUUUUCUAUAAAUUGUAAUAACCAAAGAAACUUUGUUA